AUGUAUGGAGAAGGCACGACAUCUAUCAAGCUGUCGGUUAAACAUCACGUAGAGUCUAUAAAUAAGGUCCUAAUGAGUUGACAAAUGUUCCCUCAAAUGAAGUUCCGCGUCUCUGGACUAGACGCGAAGGCCAAAUACAUCCUUCUGCUGGACAUCGUCGCCGCAGACGACUACAGAUAUAAGUUCCACAACAGUCGGUGGAUGGUGGCUGGGAAGGCUGACCCUGAGAUGCCGAAGAGGAUGUACAUCCACCCCGACUCGCCGUCGACAGGCGAGCAGUGGAUGCAGAAGGUGGUGUCCUUCCACAAACUGAAACUGACGAACAAUAUUAGUGACAAGCAUGGUUUCGAGCUCAUCUAUUGCCAAAGUCAACGGAUGUUGUCAAAGUUGCUGUGGCCCAACGCAGGUCCUAGUGCGCCCAGAGAACCCCACUCAGAUCAUUUGACGAUCCUGAAUUCGAUGCACAAGUACCAGCCCAGGUUCCACCUGGUGAGAGCCAACGACAUCCUGAAGCUGCCAUACUCCACCUUCAGGACAUACGUCUUCAAGGAGACGGAGUUCAUCGCGAUAACACAAUUGAAGAUCGACAACAAUCCGUUCGCGAAAGGCUUCCGAGAUACGGGAGCGGGUAAACGAGAGAAGAAGCAGGCGAUGCUGACCGCGCGGUCAGACAACAGGGACGAUGACGACGAGCGGCCGCUGGAUGUUGGCGGCCCGUCCAGUCCGCCCCCGCCCACCACCUCCACGCAGCACAAUACUAGCUCCUGGUUCAGUUCGAGUGGAGGUGGCGGUGACUCGGGCGCGGAGGAGGGCAUCGAGGCGGGCUCCGACUCAUCGUGCUCGGCAGGGCGCGCACCCUCUCCCCCAGCAGGGCCCUCGCGGCCCUCGCCGGCGCCCGAUGUGUCGCUGGGUCCCCCAGUGCAGCCGCCGCUGUUGCCCUACCUGUACCCGCCGUCGCUGUAUCCGCCGCCGUUCUUCCCGCCGCACCAGAUGCCGCCCGGGCUGCUGUUCAACCUGCACCCGCUGCUGCAGCAGUACUCGCUGCCGCCGCCUCCAGCGCCGCCCGGGCCGCACGGGGCGGCUGCGCUAGGCAAGGCGCACAGGUUCGCGCCGUACGCGCUGCCAGGGCUGGGCUCGGCGUUCGAGCAGGUGGCGCCGCGAGCGCGGUCGCUGAGCUCGUCACCCGCGCGUCCGCGGCCGGGCUCGCCCCCGGCGCGGGCUGCGUCGGCCGACCCUCCACCGGACGCGCCGAGCUCCACCACGCCGGCCACGCCGCCCGCCUCCGACCUCAAAAGCAUCGAGCGCAUGGUGAACGGCCUCGACGUCGAGACCCAGGACUGAUCGAUCCUAGUACUGUACAUACCUGUGUAUUUAUAUGGUGGGCCCCGGCCGACGUUUUGUAUCGUUCCUAUUUUGUUUUUUCUUUCGAGUUCUAUUCGGGUCGAUAUUCGUAUACUGAUUGUAAAUAGUUAAGCUUACAUUAGGAUUCACGAUGUAAGGUUCUCCGGACGGACGAGGUCGCGACAUGACUCUCUCAAACAAAACACUUCAAUCUAAGUCAAAACAUGAAAACAUUCUCUCUUUUCCUUUCUUUUGAUUCCCGUGUGUUGUAGUCAAACAGUGAUAUCCGACAAAUCCCAUUAUGUCUAAUUUGUCUGUCCUCGCGACACCGCCCGUCGAGCGUAGCAACCCUCACGUUAGCGUCACAUAGCAACACCGCAAUAGCAAUAGUUUUAAAUUAAUACUCUGAUUUCGACUGUCCGCGGAUUGUAGAUGAGAUGUUAUAGGUAACUAUGGAAACGAGCUAAUUGUGAAGACCGAAAGUGAAGUGACACCAACAUCAAGGACAUAAAUGUGUGGUUUAUAAUAGAGUAAUGGAGUUUCUUAUAUUGCAUGACUUUUCUCUAGAUGUUAAAAUUAGAAUACCUGUUAUUUGACUUUUAUUCCUUUAAUAAUGAUAAUCAAUAUUUCGUUUUAUUUUUGUUUUCAUAUUUUUGUAGUCUUACAAUCCAGUGGUUUAUUAGUAUUUUGUUGACGUCACCACUACAACCCGUAAAGUCGAAAUAUUAAUUUCAUUUCCCACUUCGAAUAAUUAAAUAUUAUUAAUGAUAUUGCUUUAUUUUGUAAAUACAUUUUGUAAGGUAUAUUUACGUGUUUAACUAAUAAAUAGACAUAUUUUGAAAAUAUGUUUUGUCAAUUGUGCUGUGAGAUAGCAUGGGUCCGAUUGCUGCUUUUUAGUAUAGGUAAAUUAAUUGAAAUUAAAGUGUUUGAAAAAAGUAUUUACCUGAUUGUAAAAAUUGGUAAAUAAUCGUAUAAAAAGAUGAAUAUUACUUCGAUAGACAGUUUUAUAAGUUGAU